AUGAUAUUUACAGCUGAACUUACAAAAGCUCCCUCCACCUCUCCUGCCACUUCCUCUGAGGAACUGAUUGUGAAGUACAAGUCCCAGUUGAAAAUAAACCCAAGGCAUGACUUCAUGAUGGUCUUUACCUGGAAGGUCUGUGAGACGAGAUCAAUGAAAAUGGUGAGGAAGGAAUCAUACGAGAAGGGAGUUGCGGCAGUGCGAUGUGAAGGGUGUGAUAAUCUGCAUUUGAUUGCAGACCGUCGUGGCUGGUUUGGAGAACCGGGGAGCGUGGAGGAGUUUCUUGGUAGGUCUAACUCUUAG